AAAUCAUAAAACGAUCUUUCUUCAGAAUCUGAAAAGACAAACAAAAAAAAAAAACAAAAAAAUUGUUACCUCUUCAACUUCCUCUCUCUUUCCAUAUGAAACGACCAAGAGCCAAAUCUAGUUCGUCUACAUAAAUCCUGUUCAGGUCUGCGAUUGCUUUACUUGAGGAAGCAGCUGCUCAUCAUAGACUGCCUUUUUAAGCGACAUUUAUGGAGAAGUCUGUCAGUGCAUUGUUAGAGGAUCAAGUGGGGGAAGAGACGAAUCUCCAUGCUAGGAUUAUAGAGCUAGAAAAGAACCUCGACAAUGCCAAACAAAGGUUAAGCAUGGGAGAGGAUCAAAUGGAGAGAUUUUUAAAAUCUACAUUGGGGUUUGCAGAGGAUAAAGGGAAAGAAAAAGUGAAAUUUCAAUCAAGAGUUUCUAAGCUAAAAAGGAAACUUGAAGCUUUCAGACAAGUAUCUGGCAGUGCAGACGAGGUUGAUAUGGAGAUCAAGGAAAAGAUGCAAGCAACUGAAGUAGCUAUGGCUGAAAUGGAAUCUCUUAAUCAGAAUCUUAUUGCCAAGGAGCGUAAAAGUAAUGAUGAAUUGCAGGAGGUUCGUAAGAAAUUGAUGGAUCAAGAAGAAGACUUGGAGCUGAUGGAAGCAAGAAUCCAAAUUCUUAUUGUUAAGGAGCGAGCUAGUAAUGAUGAACUGCAAGGGGUUCGACAGGAGUUGAUCAAUAGUUUAGGAAAAUGUGGAAGUGCUUCUUAUAUUGGAAUCAAGAGAAUGGGAGAGCUUGACUCUCGACCAUUCUAUAACGCAGUUAAUAGAAGAUAUUCAGAAAAAGAAGCUAGUGAUAAAGCUGCAGAGCUUUGCUCAAUGUGGGAGGAUUACCUUAGGGAUCACAGCUGGCAUCCUUUUAAGACUGUCAUGGGUGAAGAUGGAAAAACUGUGGAAAUAAUUGAUGAAGAGGAGGAGAGAUUGAAAGGUCUAAAAGAUGAGUAUGGUGAAGAACUUUAUAAGGCUGUGAUCACAGCCUUGAUAGAAAUGCAUGAGUACAACCCAAGUGGUCGAUAUGUAAUAUCAGAGCUAUGGAAUUACAAAGAAGGGAGGAAGGCAUCAAUGAGAGAGGUAGUAUCCUACAUUCUGAAGCAAUGGGAAACCCCCAAAUGAACGAGGAACUGAAGGAAACCUAAAAGCACAUCUAUAGGGAACUAAUCGGUGUGCUGAUAUUUUGUCUAGCUAGGGAAAUCAACAACAGGAGAGGGGCUAAUACUUUUAUGAUAUUUGUCCCAGAUUUGGGCUUAGCUGUUUUAUUGGGACAGUACUGGAAUCCGUAUUUAGUGUGUAUCAUGAAACUUGUUGCUUGAUUUGUAGUAAAUUUUAUCUAGCAAGCUAAUACACAUCCUUUGUUUUCAGAAAAAAAAAAAAUAUAUAUAUAUAUAUAUUGAAUUGAAAGGAUCAACUUUUCAUCUGCAGGAUUUUAGGGUACUGCAAAAAUGUAUAACUUGUCUGCAGAUGUAUCAAGCUAGGCUUAUUCUCUCUUUUUUGUGAAUCAACUGUUUGACGGGUAUAUUAAAUAGCGGUCUCUUUUCUUCGUUAA